AUGUCUGCUCCUGGGGCGCACAAGUCAGGUCUCCGCAUAAAUACGGGACCCUCCGGCUCUACUACACCGGAGGUCAUUGCGCGAGAACGGGACACACUCUUGAAGACGAAACAAGCAGAACUCGAUCAAUUAUUUGACCGGCAUGACGACCUGGUCAGAGAGAAGUUCCAUCUAGACCGCUUUGUGACGCUAGUGUCUUAUAAUCACGAGGAAGCCAAAGCGGAUACGUCCGAAGUCUGGCAGAAGUGGAAACAAGAAAAAGGACACGACCUGUUGCAAGAUGCACCGGCCGCUUCAGGCGCGCGUACAACGCGCAGAGCACGUCAGCAGGUUGCCGCGACACUCCACAAUCCUGCGAAUGCGAAGCUUGCUCGUACAGGGUCCUCGUCUUCGUCACCGGUGCCAAACGGAGGCUCGAACAGCCGUAUCUGGGAUGUCCUUUCUGGCGGCAAGCCUUUCAAGAAGGGUUAUGGCAAGCCCAUUCCGUCGCCGCGCGCGGUAGAACCGACGGUGGCAUCGAUAUCCGCACCACUUCCCUUGAAAGGCGGCGAACAUGGCAAAUCGCGCGUCGAAGCUCCGGGUACGCCUACACCCAAACGUCCGAGGGGUCGCCCAAGGAAGAAUCCUCGACCCGCGACUGAGAUGGAAUCUGUCGUGGAUGAUGCUAGCUCGCCUCGCAAACGGCGGAAGACAGAGGCGGUUUUCGUGUCUGUACCUUCAGAACGUAUCAACAUGCCAUUCACACCUCCACCUGCUGCGCCUGUCUCGCGUCAUAGGUCCUACUCUCAAUACACCCCUGGUUCUCAACCGUCUUCUCCAGUAAGACGCGUCAAACUCAUCGUGCGCACUCCGGAGCCAUACUACUCGUCGCCCGCGCAAAAGCCACCACCGCAAGUUCAUGCUGGCUCAUUAUCGGCUGCCUUGGACAGCUUUGACAGCGCAAGGCCGAAAGAAGAUCUGAACGCACAGGCGCGAGCGGAUGCAGCGGUGCUUGAGCGGGUGGCCGCUCUACGCAAAAGUGGCCGUAUGCUUCUCUCCCCGAGCGAAGUGGAAGCCUUAGACCCAGGGGAAGAUGUUGUCCGGGACGUCGACCAGCACCCUCAGCGGACGGUGUGGGACUUUGUCGUGGAGGACGUACGGUUGUGGCAUGAGUCGCACGACUUUGAUACGGGACCGCGCACCGCAGCGACCGUGGCGUCCAAAGUCAAGGGGUAUUGGGAGGCUUACUCUGCCAAGGAGGAUAAGGCGCGACUUAUGGAAGAGAAGAGGCUUCGUGGGUUGGCAAAGGCGACGAUAAAGCUAGUAAUCGGAGAGUGGAAGAAGGCUGUCUAUCAUUUGCGUGAACAGGACAGGCUGCAGAGGGUCGAAGAGGAGAAGCGAUUAGGAAGGGAACAUCUGGACGCGAUCCUUGACCAGUCAGGGCAGAUUCUAGAGUCACAACAUCUAGACCUCGCGCGUACUGGGCGUUCUCGCAGCACGUCGACAGCUGCCUCCCUGCUUGAUGCUUCGGAUGAUGAGGAUGAGGACGACGUUGGCACAGAAGUGGAUGAAGAGGAAGAUGAACUGCAGAACGAAGAAGGGCAAAUGCUGGAUGAAGCCGAGGUCGAGGUUGCCUACGCCGAUGCCGAUACCAAGAUGGGUCUUGCAAGGGACACUUCCAUCCGUAGCUCUACCCUCGAGGCGUCCAUUCGUGAUGGCACCUCAUGGGCUACCGACGGAGACCCCAGUGUGAUUGAUGACGAAGACGACGCGGACGACGAAGAGACGUAUGCUCUUCUCGGCGGACGCCAGACCGUCUAUCAUCCGUCAUCAGGAGAUGCAUCAUAUGAGGCCGAUCCCAUGUCCCCCAGUUCUGACUUGAUAUCUACGCCGUCUAUGGAGGGCGAUUCACUAUCACGGCUUGAGCCGCAGCUCGUCACAUCCCCACUCAUGUACUCUACUGGCCUUGUACAUGGACAUAAUCAUAAUCCAGCCACCCGCCCUCUUGCCUCCCUGGAUGACUUCGAUGCGCCUGUGUUCUUCAAGAGCGGUGACCCCGAGGCAUUUCUCGAACCCACUGUGGAUAAUCCUGUGCAGCCCAGUUCUCUUACACCGCCCAUGCCCAUUGAGUCCGCUUUGGACGGUGACGGCGACGUUAAGAUGAGCUCCGAGCCCGUCUCUUCCCUUGCGUACCCUACCCAACCAUCACCGCCAACCAACGCUCUUACAACCGCACCAGAAGAAUAUGACGAUGAUGGGGCCGAUGAAGAGCUGGAUCCUCGCAUACCUCAUUAUCUUCGGCAAUUCGCGGUAGCGCCGGUGGAUUGGGACCCAAAUGCCCGGGUCAUGCCGCCAUCUCUAUUGCGCGGCGUGCUUCGGCCGUACCAGCACGCAGGUCUGGAGUGGCUCGCAAGUCUUCACACGAGCAAUCUCAACGGCAUCCUGGCAGAUGAGAUGGGUCUAGGGAAGACAAUACAGACUAUAUCGUUGCUCGCUCACCUCGCAUGCGAUCGGGGUAUCUGGGGGCCUCAUCUCAUCAUCGUGCCGACGAGCGUCCUACUCAACUGGGAGAUGGAGUUCAAGAAGUUUCUUCCCGGGUUUCGCGUCCUGGCGUAUCAUGGCUCAACGAAGCGCCGGAAGGAACUGCGCCAGGGCUGGAACGAUAAAUAUCGUUUCAACGUUUGUGUUACCUCCUACAACCUCGCCAGCCGCGACGCGCAUAUCUUCAAACGCAGGUCGUGGUACUACAUGAUCCUCGACGAGGCGCACAUGAUCAAGAACUUUCGGUCGCAGCGCUGGAACGUCUUGCUCAUGUUCAGGUCAUUCCGUCGGUUGUUGCUCACCGGCACGCCCCUGCAGAACAACCUGACAGAACUAUGGGCGCUUCUACAGUUCUUGAUGUCCGGAACGAACUUCGCCAAUCUGAAGGAGUUCGGUGAAUGGUUCGCGAAUCCACUCGAGAAGGCCAUUGAGGAGGGCAAACACCACGACGACGAGACUCAACAGCGCGUCACGAAGCUCCACACCGUCCUGCGCCCCUAUCUCCUUCGCCGUCUCAAACGCGAUGUCGAGAAGGAGCUUCCCAGCAAAUACGAGCAUCUUGUGUUAUGCCCAUUGUCCAAACGUCAACGCUUCCUCUACGACGAGUUCAUGUCGCGUGCGGACACGCAGCACAACCUCACCUCCGGCGACUACUGGAAUAUCGCGAACGUCCUCAUGCAGCUCCGCAAGGUCUGCAAUCACCCCGAUCUUUUCGAAGCCCGACCCGUCAAGACCAGUUUCGCAGUGACUCGCGCCGCCGUGGUGGACUUUGAGAUCAAGGAACUCCUUGUCCGCCGCACGUUGCUACAAGACAAUGCUGCGCAGAUGGUUAACUUGGCUGUGUUCGGCUUUCACUUCUCCGCUUCAUACAACACCUCCCUCUUCGCGGCUGUUGAGAGACGACGACUCGAUGGCACGAACUUCUUUCCCUUCAGCGCAGAGUUGGAAUCGCCUCCUCCCCAUGAUGUCCGCACUACCGAAGGCUUCAAGCGUCACCGCGACUACCAACUGCGUGCAGCCAGUGUGGCUCGCUGGACACACAUCGCGUAUCUCAACCGUUUGCGCUGUGCUGAAGAGCCUAUCAUUGGUAGCGAACUCAUCGCCACCGUGCGAAACAUGGCGCAGCCAAUCUUACCUGUCUCGGCAGUCGACCAUCGACAUGGCUAUCUCAAUCGAGUGCUCGCCGUUAAUCGUGCCGUCAAGUCUAUUGAGGAGCGUGCGGAAGAUAUGGCGCCUUUCGUGGACCGGUUCGCGUUCGCGACACCUCCGGUUGUCGCACUCGGGAUGCAUCAUUACGCACUCGUCGGCGCUGAAGAUGAUAUCUCCGCACUAUCCUCCAAAGCGUCUUUCGAUGCGACCUUACAUCGCGCAGCUGUCAGGCUGCAAGUCGAAUUUCCCGACCGAUCGCUACUUCAAUACGACUGCGGGAAAUUACAGCGACUAGCAGAACUGCUCCGGAUUCGAAAGGAUGGCGGACACCGUGUGCUUAUCUUCACGCAGAUGACGCGAAUCCUCGACAUCCUUGAGCAGUUCCUCACCUUCCACGGCUGGUUGUACCUCCGCCUGGACGGCGGCACGAAGAUAGAAGACAGGCAGUACAUCACCGAGCGCUUCAAUUCAGAUUCUCGCGUCUUCUGCUUCAUCGCAUCCAGCAGGUCGGGUGGUGUCGGUAUCAACUUGACGGGCGCGGACACUGUCAUCUUCUACGAUAGCGACUUCAACCCUCAGAUGGAUAAGCAGUGUGAGGAUCGCGCUCAUCGUAUCGGUCAAACCCGGGACGUGCAUAUAUAUCGCUUCAUCUCUCAGCACACUGUUGAAGAGGCUAUGCUACGCAAAGCGAAUCAAAAGCGCUCGCUUGACGAUCUCGUCAUCCAGAAGGGGGAAUUCGACUGGAGAUCUUUGUUCGGAAAUGCUACUGAGGGCGACGACUUCGUGCGCGCUCUGGAGGACUAUGCUGAUGCAGAAGACGUUCAGGCGGCGCAGAUCGCAGCACGUGAGGCUGGCGAACUGGAGGGCGCCGAUAAAUCCGACUUCGGUGAGGACAAGAAGGACAGCGUCGAGGUGUCGGAGACCCCAGUCGACGGCCUGGAUGCCCACGAUGACGAGGGAGGAGACGCGGAUGAAGAAGAAGAAGGGGGAUCGACGGUUGAGUAUAUGUUAGCCUUUAUCCAACGGGAUGCCGAGCACUUCUCAGAGUGGCGUUUGUAA